CCGCGCUGGCUUCGUAUUGCGUGCGGGACGCGACCAACGGCGCGCCAGCAGAACGGGUCCGGCGAGCAGAUGGCGGGUCGAGCGAUCGCUCGGGCUGCCGCUGACAUGUUCAUUUAUGGCGAGGGCCGAAAACUCGGCAGGGCGUCGACGAAGGACCUCCCUCGGCUCCUCUGGUUCGCCCGCUGUCCUUCCUUCCUUCCUUAUUUUCCUCGAGAAAGAGUAGACGACGAGCUUUAUGGUGCGACGGAGCUCGUUCCGCCUGCACUGUUGUGGUGUUGUUGUUUGUUGCGGCGAUUUGUUGGCACGCGCCGAGGGGAAGAGUAGCCCACGGAGCUCUGCGCCUUUGCGCUUUUCUGCAGACGACGAACACGAGCAGGACGUACAGGGCUGGGCUGGGAGGGGAGGGGCGGGGAGGGGCAGGGCAGAGGGGAGUAGAGUUGGAGAAGGAGGAGGAGGAGGAGGACGGUGGGCUGCGUGCGUGACGGGCGAGAAUAGAUCAUGCUCGAUUUUCUUUGCCGUGUGAAAUUGCUCGGGCUGCUGAGGCCGGUGGAAUUCGCUUCUGGCAUGGUCUCGCGGUGGUUGGUGCGUCGUCGUGGAUGCGAUGCGGAGAAUUGACCCGAGGGGAGGAGGUGGAGGACGAUGGUGGAUGCGCGGAUAGGGCAAGAGUUGAGAGAGAAAAUUCAGGUGCUGGCCAGGUCUUCUUGAGGAAUAACAUCGGUGGAUCGCUGGUUACUUUGGGGAAUUUGGGCUUUUUCGCACUUGACGAAGGUCGAGGCUGGCAGGGCUAGGCAGUGGCGAUCACAAUUCGUGAACGGCGCGUGAUUUUCGGAAGGUUUUGCACUCGAAGACCAUUUGAAAGAGUGGCGUGCAUGGAAUAUUACCAUCGCAGUACUCGAAAGUGAUGUUGAAGCAGUACACGAUAAUAGUCCACGGAUCUUGCCCCUACGUGCGAAAGUGAGUGGGGUUGCACGUCUUCACAAUGUCAUCUCUACAGAUUACUCAUGCACUGCAGCAGCAGCAGUCGCUGCUUUCAUCACCGAAGAGGAGAGCACUGGCACUCGCUGCUGCAGUGUUGGUGGCUGGAGGAGGUCUUGCGUACUCACAACUGGGUAUCGGAAGACGCAGUAAACGUUCUGUGUCCGAACCACUCGCUAACGGUGUGAGCUCUGAAAAUGAUUUGGUCAGAGGAAAAGAGAAUUCUGCUAGGCCUGUUUCGAAAGGAAGAUCACGGAAAGGAGGAAUCAAGUCCGUGAAGAUCUUGGCUGGGAUUCUGUUGUCCCAGAUGGGAACACCCGGCAUGAGAAAUCUAUUAAGUCUUGCAGGAAUGGCGGUGCUGAGAACUGCUUUGAGCAAUAGACUUGCCCGUGUUCAAGGUUUCCUGUUCAGAGCUGCCUUCUUGAGGCGGGUGCCCCUUUUCAUGCAGUUGAUCACUGAGAACCUUUUGCUCUGCCUAUUGCAAUCCCUUUUCUACUCAACAACGAAGUAUUUGACGGGCAGUUUAAGUUUGCGAUUCCGCAAAAUUCUCACAGAUACUAUUCAUGCAGAUUACUUCCAGAACAUGACUUACUACAAAUUAAACCACGUGGACCGGCGAAUAACGAGUCCGGAGCAACGAAUUGCUAGUGAUGUGCCUCGCUUCUGCACCGAGCUCAGUGAUCUCGUUCAAGACAACAUGGUGGCUGUGUUUGAUGGUCUUCUUUAUACCUGGCGUCUUUGUACCUAUGCUCAUCCCAAAUAUGCUCUUGGAAUCUUGGGUUAUGUGUUAGGAGCAGGUGCUAUCACGGGAAUACUCUCUCCGCCCUUUGGGAAAUUAAUGUCGAAAGAACAGCAGUUGGAGGGUGACUACAGGCAGCUCCACAGCCGUUUGAGGAUUCACUCAGAGAGCAUUGCGUUCUAUGGAGGACAGGACAGGGAGGCUUCGAUUAUAUCAACGCGCUUCAUGAAUCUUGUGAAGCAUUUGGGGAUCGUUUUACACACCCAGUGGUGGUUUGGUAUGAUACAAGAUUUUCUGCUCAAGUAUUUGGGAGCCACAUUUGGAGUUGUCCUUAUCAUUGGACCUUUCUUCGGCGGUAACUUGAAGCCCGAUACGACUACUCUAGGUCGUGCGCACAUGCUGAGUAACAUGCGCUAUCACACCAGCGUCAUCAUCUCACUAUUUCAGUCCAUGGGUACUUUGGCUGGAAGUACUCGCAGGCUGGCUCGACUCAGUGGCUACGGAGAUCGAAUACAUGAGCUCAUGCAAGUGUCAAAAGAACUACGGAGGUCUGGUGGUAAUCUGACAACUCAAAACAUAGAGAAUGGUAGCUGCUUUGUUGAAGCGAAACAUAUCGAGUUUGAGGGCGUGAAGGUAGUCACACCUACAGGCAACACUUUGGUCGAAGAUUUGACCUUGAGGGUCGAACCAGGUUCCAACUUACUUAUUACAGGUCCAAAUGGCAGUGGAAAGAGCUCUCUAUUUCGAGUUCUUGGCGGUUUAUGGCCUCUGGUGGCAGGUCGUAUCACAAAGCCUGGAAUGGGGUCAGAUUUGAGUCAUGAGAUUUUUUAUGUACCCCAGCGACCCUACACCGCAGUUGGCACGUUACGGGAUCAGCUUAUCUACCCUCUAACUGCUGCUGAGGAGGUCAAGCCUCUGACGAUUGAGGGCAUGCGAGAGCUUCUGGCCAACGUUGAUCUAGAGAACUUGUUAGAUCGAUACCCACAAAUGCAGGAGGUAAACUGGAGCGAUGAGCUCUCACUUGGAGAACAGCAAAGGCUGGGAAUGGCGAGACUUUUCUACCACAAACCUGCCUAUGCUAUUUUGGACGAAUGCACGAGUGCGGUGACAACUGACAUGGAAGAGCGAUUUUGUGCUCAAGUCAGAGCCAUGGGAACAUCUUGUGUUACUAUUUCUCACCGACCCGCUUUGGUGGCUUUCCAUGACACUGUUCUCUCACUUGAUGGAGAGGGUGGCUGGAGUGUGCACUAUAAGAGGGACGCCACCUCAAAGGUCCCACCACUGCUACUUACAGGGGCUGAUGAAGUGGAAGUACAAAAAAUACGCAGUGAAGAGGCCAACUUUGUAAAGCAGCAGUUUUCAAUGUCUGAUGAGAAUAACACGGCAAAGGAGUCGAAGUCAUCGGAUUCAUAUGUUGGCGCUGUCCUGGCAACAUCUCCACCCCUUGACGGUCCGCCUGUUAUUCCGGAAGUACCAAGGCUACGUAGCAAGCCUCAGAGUACCCCCGCAAGAAUAUCUACUCUCAUGAGAAUUUUGGUCCCAAGACUAUUCGACAAGCAAGGAGGGCAAUUACUUGCAGUCGCUUUGCUUGUUGUAGGCCGAACCUACAUCUCCGAUCGAAUUGCGGACCUUAAUGGUACAAGCGUGAAGUACGUGUUGGAGCAAGACAAAGCUGGUUUCAUCCGUUUGACAGGUGUCAGUGUAUUGCAGAGUGCUGCGUCGUCGAUUGUGGCCCCGUCUCUAAGGCACAUGACCGCUAAGCUUGCGCUUGGCUGGAGGUAUCGCUUGACGAAUCAUCUCUCAAAGUUAUACUUCCAGAAUAAUGCCUACUACAAGGCAGUCCACUUAUCUGCCUCUGGAAGCGCUGAUGCGGAUCAGCGCAUCACCCAGGAUGUAGAAAAGUUGUGUGGCGACCUCUCUGGAUUGGUCACUGGCAUGGUGAAGCCUUUGGUUGAUAUUCUCUGGUUCACUUUCCGCAUGAAGAUGCUCACCGGCAAGAGAGGAGUUGGCUUCCUGUACGCCUAUAUGCUUUUAGGUCUGGGCUUUUUGAGAGCAAUCACUCCCAACUUUGGAGCUUUGACAAGCAAAGAGCAGCAGCUAGAGGGUUCUUUCAGACACAUGCACUCUAGGCUUCGCACUCAUGCUGAGUCCAUUGCGUUCUUUGGUGGCGGUUCUCGAGAACAAGCUGUUAUAGAGGGGCGUUUUAAGGAGCUUCUUGACCAUUCUCGAAAACUUCUGAAGAAGAGGUGGCUAUUUGGUAUUGCCGAUGAGUUUAUCACGAAACAAUUGCCUCAUAAUGUUACGUGGGGUCUAAGUCUUCUAUAUGCCGUAGAGCAUAGUGGCAACCGCUCCUCAACGAAAGUGCAAGGUGAACUAGCGCAUGACUUGAGGUUCUUGGCCUCUGUCGUAUCUCAAAGUUUCCUUGCAUUUGGCGAUAUCUUGGAGCUUUAUAGAAAGUUUUUGGAACUGUCCGGCGGUAUUUCUAGAGUUUCAGAACUCAAUGAGCUGCUCACAGCAGCUUUUGAUGGGAAGAGAUUACCGGGUAAGAGGUCAUCAAGAGUUGAUCCUCUGCAAAUGAUCGUACAGCAUCGGGGGAAAGCAGCUCAGGAAGAUAUUGUGUUCUCUGAUGUUGAUGUUGUAACACCCAAACAUAAACUUCUUGCAAGGAAAUUAAGUUUUACUGUUGAAGGAGGUCGAAGCCUGUUGGUGACAGGUCCUAAUGGCAGUGGGAAGACUUCUCUUUUCCGAGUUCUUGGGGGAUUGUGGCCACAUGCAAGUGGCCGUAUCACAAAGCCAGGGAUGCACGACGAUGAACACGAUGACGAAGGUUUGAGCCGCGACAUCUUUUAUGUUCCUCAACGUCCAUACACUGCGCUGGGCACGCUUCGGGACCAAAUCAUCUAUCCGAUGACUUUGGAUGUAGCAACCAAGAAGACUGUGAAAGACUAUGAGCUCCGCCAGCUCAAGGAAGACUUGGUUCAAGAUGAGGAGUACAACAAAGCAUUGCGAGAUCCAUCUUCCAAAGUAGCACUAGAGAUGUUGGACAGUACGUUGCGGUCUAUCCUAGAAGACGUAAGACUUGUUUAUCUACUAGAUCGGGAAGGAGGCUGGGAUACAACAGCUAACUGGGAGGACAUGCUAUCUUUAGGAGAACAGCAGAGGCUUGGGAUGGCUCGUUUGUUCUUUCAUCACCCCCGCUAUGGUAUUUUGGACGAGUGCACCAACGCAACAAGCGUGGAUGUAGAGGAGGGGCUUUAUAAACGUGCACAAGCUCUCGGGAUUACAGUGGUUACAAUUUCGCAGAGGCCUGCCUUGAUUCCGUAUCAUUCAACGGAACUGCGGCUCAUUGAUGGGGAGGGAGAUUGGGAGCUGAGGUCUAUCAAGUCAAGCUGAGAAGGGCAGGAGAUGCAUUAUCUUGACUACAGUAUAUACCUAUGCUGAUCAGUAGCCUUAGCAAUCAUCAGGUUAAGGGAAUUCCAGAAAGUGCUCUAUCACGGCGUGACUAACAAUGGCCUCAAUAUGUUGUGAAUGUGUAAUCAUUUCCUGGAAGAGUCGACUUUCUAACAGACAGAGCUUUCCGUCCACAUCAGACCCUUUCCUCCCGUAUGAGAAAGGAAUCUUGACAUAUAAGCAUAUCCAUUCAAGUAGCAAUGCCAUCGUUAGUUGUAAUUACUCCAUCUUUGAUUUAAAACGUAGACCAAUGCAUUUAUUCCCAAUUCUUCGCGGGGUAGGGGGUUGGGUCCGAAUGGUUGUAAUAUUUAGCGCAGAAACCCUUUUGGUGCAAGCAGACGAAGUCAUCGUGAAAUUGCUUAGUACAUCUUGGCAAGCCAAUGACUUUUUCGCCAAGUAGAUUGUCUACACAUACGUGGACCCAUGUAAAGGAUUUAAGCCUAGAUUGAUCAAUUUAGGCUAAAGUUGGACACAUGUCAUCUAGUUUUCAGUGUAAAAUGAGAACUGCCAGAAGCUUCGUUGAAAUACUUAUCUGUAAUUGUCAUUAUGACUUGAAGAAUAAGAUCUAUCAAGUCUUGUCAUUAUUCAGAAAGUGCUA